CGCGCACACACAGCACUGGGACCAUUUCGCGGACUUUAUUUUACUCUAAAUAGUGUCUCGCGCUCCUGUGACUUUCCGAAGCGCACACGAAGCGAGGCGUUGACGUCACACUUCAGCGCUAGAUCCGAGUUCUCUGGCGAAGAAUGUGGAGCGGCGCGCCUCUCGCGCUCACGUAGGUCCGCGACUACCUGUGCGCACUUGCCCGAUCCCCACAGGACGCGCGCUUCUCCGUCGGCCUCGGAGCGAACAGCCGCCUCUCCCUCGCUCUCCGCCCUCAACACGACCCAGUGCAAGACAGUAAAAUGUCCCGAGCUCUGCGGGAGAUGGUGCAGAGACCUGGCAACGACACCUGUGCAGACUGCGGAGCUGCCGAUCCCGGCUGGGGCUCCAGCUCUUUGGGCGUCUUCAUCUGUCUGGAAUGCUCCGGAAUCCACCGCAACAUUCCCAACGUCAGCAAGGUCAAGUCCUUGAGCCUGUCCCACUGGGAGGACCACGAAGUGCAGUUCAUGGCUGAGAACGGCAACGAGCUGAUGAAGAGCAAGUACGAGGCGGCUGUGCCGGUGUACUACUACAAGCCGACGCACAAGGACUGCCAGGCUCUGAGGGAGCAGUGGAUACGAGCCAAGUAUGAACGGAAGGAGUUUUCCCAGCCUGGCACAGAUUUCACGUACGAGGAAGCUGUCAGAGACGGAUUGUUGAUGAAGAGGGGGCGGGACAACGGGCAGUUCCUCAGCAGACGGUUCGUCCUCUUGGAGCGGGAGGGGACUUUAAAGUAUUUCACAAAAUAUGACGCCAAGGAGCCCAAGGCAGUGAUAAAGGUGGACACCAUCAACGCCACCUUCCAACCAGAGAAGAUGGGAAAUCCCAACGGCUUGCAGAUCACCUACCUCAAAGACUACAGCACCCGCAACAUCUUCGUCUAUCACGAAAACGCAAAGGAGAUCGUCGACUGGUUCAACUCCAUCCGUGCUGUACAGCUCCACUACAUGAAGGUGGCGUUUCCUGGCGCCACUGAUGCCGAGCUCGUACCAAAACUCACCCGAAACUUUCUGAAGGAAGGAUACAUGGAAAAGACAGGCCCAAGGCAAACUGAAGGCUUCAAGAAACGCUGGUUUACUUUGGACCAGCGGCGACUGAUGUACUUCAAAGACCCUUUGGACGCCUUCGCCAAAGGCGAAGUGUUUUUGGGCAACAAGGACCACGGCUACAGCGUGGCCCCGGGUCUGCCGCCCGGCACCAGCUGCAACAGCGUCUGGCAGCACGGGGUCACCAUCAUGACGCCCGAGCGCUCCUUCCUCUUCACCUGCGAGACGGAGGCCGACCAACAGGACUGGAUCCGCCACUUCAAUGACGUCAUGAACAGCCCCAUGUCGCCGCAGGAUUACACCAUGGAGGCCUUGUUCAAGCACAAACACUGAGGACGGUGGAAGCGGCUCCUGCUUCAGGAAAGACGCGGCCAGAUACAGGUUCUUAUUCCUUCCCUCGCGCCGAACUGGAGCGUCGACCAAACACCGAGGUGACACGUCCCUCGGUGUGUGGGGUCAAACCAGGGGACAUGGUGUCCUCUGCUGAUGUUUCCAAACCUUGUGAGUCCAAAGUUGUUUUUGUUUGUUCGGUGUGUUCCUUCAGUCAGUUUCCAGCGAGGAUGUGACUUCAUGAUUCCUCAGUUACAGACAUGAUGGUCAAACAGCGCCCCCUCGUGUCCGUUUUGUUUUUAAACACCAAGUUCUUCAUUCAACCAAUAAUAAUUCAAGUGUUAUAUUCGAUUCUAAAAUCGGUGCACAGAGUGCAAAGUGCCAUUUUACGCCUCAUGAUCAUGAAUAAAAAUCCUUUUCUUAAGUGUUGACAAAAGACCUUUGAUGUUUGUGCUCUUUUCCUUUCAAUCUGUGUCGUCUGACGCGGAUUGCAAAUGUGUCGCUUAUACAUGUGUCUCUCUUUAUAUGUAUAUAUAUAAAAGUGUAGUGCUUUAUGUCCUUCCCAAAUAAUGCAUUCUUUUGUGAUUUUUUUAUUAUUUCAAAUGUGUAUUUUAUUUAUUUUCCAUCCAUUCUUCAGACGAAACAAUGCUGACUCACAUGUUCCGGUGAAAACCUCCUGCACUGUUCCACCAAAAUAAAUCCUCGACACUUCAAGAACAUGAUGGCGCUCAGUAGGUGGCGCUCUCAGUAUAAAACAGUGUUGUAUUGACAGUCUCUCGCCCCUUUCUGCAUUGUACUCUUAAGUCACAUUAACUGAGUACAUUUGGCAAGUUACAGUUGGACACCCACAUUUACAUUUAACGUGAAACUUUUUACAAAUGUAAUUAUCUUAUUCGUAACUUGCUCAAAAUUUGGUCAAUUUAGAUGUUUCUUUUUUAUAUAAAAAAAAUACAUAAGAAAUAGAAUAAAACAA